AUGUCUGAACAAUCAGAAGAAGAAUCGUAAGAGUUACAAUAGAAGGAGGAGGAACAACAACAAAAGAGUGAAGUUUUACAAUAAGGGAAUAAGACAGAGGAAUAAUUAUAGCAAAUCCCAUAUGUGCAUAUGCUAAAUAAUAAAUACAAUGUGAGGGAGGCUGUACAUGCAGGAUCCUGGUAUUCAAGCAAGAGCAAUGAAUUAAAGAUACAGAUUAAUUGUUGGUUAGAGUAGGCAAAGGCAGAAGUGACCACAGUAGCCUAAUUGAAAGCCUUGGUUGUUCCCCAUGCAGGUUAUGCCUACUCUGGUCCAACUGCAGCAUUCAGUUACAAAUACUUGAAGAAGUACCCUCCUUCUGAAAAAUUGAAGGUGUUCAUCCUUGGUCCCUGUCAUUAUGUUUACAUAACUUAAUGUUGUUUAACUAGAUAAGAAAUAUACGAAACUCCUCUCGGGAACAUCAAAGUAGAUCUGGAAACUGUAAAACAAUUGCAUGAACAAGGAUUAUUCGAAUAAUCAGACAAGGAUGCAGAGGAGGAAGAACACUCAAUUGAAAUGCAAUUGCCAUUCUUAGCUCAUAUUUUGGGUACUGAUAACUUUACGAUCAUCCCAAUAAUGGUUGGAUCUAUUGAUGCUAAAUCUGAAGAGUAUUAUGGAAAAUUGCUAAGUGAAUAUUUCGAUAUGGAUGAUACUCUAUUUAUUAUAUCAACUGACUUCUGUCAUUGGGGAACUAAGUUCGCUUACACUUAUUACAACAGUGCAGAUGGAGAGAUAUUUUGA